AUGGAAAUUCUCUUGGCUCUGCAAGAAAAGGGAGAAGGAAAUGUUGAAAUAGAAAAGCUGUAUAAAGAGAUCGUUGAGAUAAUCGAUACGUUAACUGAGCUGCACCUAUGCAAAUGCAAGAAUGAUGCAGAGAAGGCUGUGGAGAUUGUUCUAAACGAGGGUGUAGAUAUAAAUAUACCAGGAAAAAGCAACCGGACACCGUUGCUGUGGGAAAGUCUAUCAUCCUCUGGUGAGUUUAUCCAGACCCUUAUUGAUCUUGGAGCUAACGUUAAUGCUCAGAGGACAGACGACAAGGCUGCACCUUUGAGAUUAGCAACUACUUGGAACAACUACAUGGCCGCGGACAUUCUGUCGAGGCAUGGAGCUGGUGUGAAUAUUCAAGAUCCAAACGGAUGGACUCCAUUGCAAUGCUGUGUAAGCAGUGGGUUUCUAAGUAUAUCCCAGCUUCUGAUUGAUUGCGGAUGCGACAUUAACUUGCGGAACAAGUAUGGAAAAACCUCACUUUACUUGGCCGCCAAACUUGAACAUAAGCACUUAGUCAAAUGUUUACUUGAAAGCAACGCUGAUGUGAAUAUGAAAUACAAGGAGAAUGCAAAGCAUAGAAUUUACUUGAUUCGUGGGAAGGACAGAGGAAAACCAGUCUGGCAUUAUGUUCUUGUACAGAAAGCUCGUUUGCCCGUGUUCUUGAGGCGGACUGAGGAUGGAAGUCUCGAUGUUGCAGACUUUGGAAAAGUCCUCAAAUCUGGAUGGGGAAAGGACCCUCCUGAGAGCUUAAGAAAGGAAAUUAGAGAGAUAGCAAUCACCUUUCAUGACAUACACAGCCUUACCGUACUUCAUUUUGCGAGCAAGAAUGGUAGUUCCGAGAUUGUAGAACUGCUGGAAAAACACAAUGCUGACAUAAAUGGAUGCGAUGAAGAUGGCUUCACACCUCUGCAUUUAGCAGCGAUACAUGGUAAAGUUCAAGUUGUGAAAAAGCUGAUUGAACUCAACGCCGACGUCAACUUGAAAGUGGGUGGAAAGGAUUCGAUUGACUUGGCCCAUAUAACGAAGAAACAGAAAUUGAGGAAUUUCUCAAACAUAAGAAAAGCUCACCCUCAGAGGACUCGGACGUUUAAUCGGUGCAAAGUCAGUCGCUAG